AUUUAUCUGCAACAUACGUGCUAUAUUUGUGGUAAUGCUAUGAGUGGUGGCACACAAACUAUCAACCAUAUUAAAGCUGUUCAUGGUUAUGAAAUCCCUUCGCGCGCUGUUGGUUAUAAGAGACCUCAAGAUAAUGAUCAAGAGUACGUUCGCGAUAUGUCUAAUGCCGAUGUAUUACACUACGCAUGCCCCUCGUGUUGGUUUCAUUGUCCCGAAGAUGAUUUGGAAGCUCUUAAUGAACAUACUCGAGAUGAACAU